UAAAGCCAACAUAUAUUCCUUUCUUUUUUAUACCCACCCACGCAUAUAUAAUGGCAUCUUCAAUUCUCUAACACACAGAUUCACCGUCACCAGAACAAAAAUGGCUACGUUUGCAGUACCGCAGCAGAUCCCUCCGGUGGCUGAAGACUGUGAAAGGCUUCGUAAAGCUAUGCAAGGGUGGGGAACAGAUGAGAAUGCGAUCAUAUCCAUAUUGACCCAUAGGAAUGCGAGGCAACGAUGUUUGAUACGACAAACUUAUGCUGAGAAAUAUGGAGAGGAUUUUUUCAAACCUCUACAAGACGAACUUUCCGGUGACUUUUUGAGGGCAGUGCUUCUAUGGACACCACAUCCAGCUGAACGUGAUGCAAUGCUAGCUAAUGAAGUUAACCACCAAGAUUUUCUAGACAUCAAUCUAUUAAUUUUCAAAUAUAUCUUUAAAACUCAAAUUCAAACUAAAAUGCCCCGUAAGAUAUCAAAGCUAUUGGUACCUCUUGUGAGUACUUACAGGUACGAGGGAGCUGAGGUUGAUACGACGGUGGCGAAUUCAGAGGCUAACAUACUUCAAGAGAAAAUAUCUGAAAAGGCUUAUAAUCAUGAUGAGCUCAUCAGAAUUCUAACUACUAGGAGCAAAGCACAACUGAAUGCAACAUUCAAAGUCUAUAACGACCAAUUUGGCCAUCCUCUCAACAAGGACCUGAAGAAAAAGCCAAAGGAUGAAUACCUUGGGUUAGUGAGAGCCACCAUAAAAUGCUUAACAUGCCCGGAAAAGUAUUAUGAGAAAGCUCUCCGGCUGUCGAUGAAGGGCCUCGGAACGACGGAGGAGACUCUGACCAGAGUUGUAGUAACUCGAGCGGAGGUUGACAUGAAGAGUAUAAUGGAACAGUAUCAACUCAAGAAUAGUGUCCCUUUGGUUCAGGAUAUAAAGAGUGAUACUUCUGGGGACUACUUGGCCACGUUGCUUGCCUUGGUUGGUCAAUGAUCAUCAUGAUGCAUGAGAAUGAAAAUUAUACAAAUAAUAAUCAUAAUAAUAUAUGUUG